AUGUAUCGACCUCAACAUAUUUCUGGAUACGCCGAGUUACAAGAUAAAUUGCACAAAUUAGCAAUGGCGCGGGAUAGUCUUAUAUUACAGAUUGCUGUUUUAAACGAACACUGUAAAGCAGAAAAAUUAAAGCUAAAAGAUAUAUCAUCUAUGGCUGAUCGUUUGAUAAAUUAUAACAAUUACAAUAGUCCUGGAAAUUGUAAUAAUGGUUAUAUUUCACAAAAUAAAUAUAAUGAAAUAACACCAGCUGGAUUUAAUCGUCAAAGAAUAUUACUAGAAAUUGAAAGACUUCAAAAUCAUGUAGCACAGUUGGAGAUAAGUAAAUUGGAGGCUGAAGCAAAAUUAAAAUUAUUUCAGUCAGAUAUUGAGGAAAUUAAUUCAGUUUGUGGGAUGUCUGAUAGAUCUAGUGCGCAAAUAUUAACAUCCGCUGAUUCACAUUGUCGGAAUAUACUUAAAAAUAUAUCAUUACUUUCUAAGAGUGAUGCUUCAAGAGUUUAUAAUGAAUUAUUAAAUAGAUUAGAAGAUUAUGAACUAUAUUCAUUUUAUAAUCAAAAUAAUGAUUAUGAGUAUGAUAACAAUGGUGAUCCAAGAUAUUUGUCAAAUGAAAAACCCUCAAAUAUGACAGAAGCAGUAUAUUCUGUUCUUAAUAAGUUAACUAAUCAAACAGCGCAAGAAAUUGAUAAACUAAAAGAUCAAGUAGAGAAGUUAAUUGCAGAUAAUCAACAAAAAAACGUUGAAUUAUUAUUAAUGAAAAGUAUUUUAAUGGUAGAACUUCAAGGUGGUAGGCAUAAUAAUGCUUUAGCUAUUAGAAAUAUGUUAGAACGUCUUGGAAUUGAUGAUUCUAAAGAAAAUAUAACACAUUCUAAUUCAUAUCCAGUUAAUUUGGCACAAAUUAAUUCACCUAUUCCAUCAUCAACAUCUUAUAAUUCAAAUCUUUCCUAUCCAGAAAUAUCAAAUACCUGUGGUUUGCCCCCAAUUCCACCAUCCUUUGAACGUCAGUCCCAAAUGGCUUCUGUUGUUAAUCAAUUAAAAGCUGAACUAAAUGAACUUCGUCAUCCUGAUAGUUGUGUUCAAAGAAAUUUAUCUUACGAUGGUAAUCAUAACUCACGUUUACCAUAUUCAAAUUCAUCUUAUUCAAUGAGCCUUCCUCGAAAUUCUCAUAAAAUUUUGACUACAUCCGGUUGUGGUGAGUUAACUAGAUCUAUUGACAAUGAUUGCAUUAUGAGAAGUGAUAUUGCGAAUUGUGAUAGUCAAAAGUGCUUACCCCCUCCACCACCUAGACCUAUUCAUCGUUCAUGUUCUGUUUCAUCACUAGCUUUCUUGUCUAAUAUACCUAGUAGAUAUUGUACAAUAGUAGAACAAAAUAAGCAUGGUAAUAAGGAUGAUUUACCUCCAAAUGGUAAAAAACAACUAUUAAAAUCAAAAUCAUUAAGAAUUGGUAAUAAUAAAGAAAAGAUGACAUUAUCUAAGAAUUCUAAUACAAAAAAUAUUGUUGAAAAUUUUUUUAAUUUUAGUAAAAAUAAUGGUAAAAAUAUUAAGAAUUCUAAAAAUAGUAAUAUAAGUUAUUCUACACCAAAUCUUACAGAACAAAAAGAAAGUGUACAAGAUAUAUUAGAUAAUGAACAAAAAAUAAGAAAACAGAUACAAAAACCAAUGGCAUCUGUUAUUAAAAAUGGUUUAGAAAUAUUUGAGGAUGAAAAUUCAAAUAUGAAAAUUAUUUUUUCAACAAAUAGAACAUCUAGAUGUGAUAAUGAUAGUAUUCAAGGUAAAACAUCUAUUGGUAGUUCAAGUACACCAACAUUUAAAAGAGAUAGAACAAGAUCAACCUUUAAAAAUUUAAUAGGACGUCUGAAAAGAAGUUCCUCACAAAAUACAGAUAAUAUAAAAACAUUACAAAUGCAUAAAAGUGUUUCAAGUCGAUUUUGCAGUCCAUCAUAUUUUUCAUUACCACGUAGACGACCAUCAUUACAACAAUUUAUUGAAUGGACAUCUGAACAAGUUGGUGAAUAUUUAGGUAAUAUUGGUUUUGCUGAAUAUAUGCCAAAAAUACAAAAAAACAUUCGUUCUGGAAGGCAUUUUUUAAAUUUAUGUGAUCAAGAACUUGAAAAAGAAUUAGGAAUAAAAAAUAAUUUACAUCUUAAACGUUUAAGAUAUAAUUUAAAUGUUAUAGAAAAAGGUAUUAUAGAUGAUGCAGAUCAUGUUUCAGUAUCACGAGUAUGUACAUGGCUUGAAGAUUUUGGUUUACCUCAUUUAAGAGAAAUUUUUCAAGAUAAUAUGAUUGAUGGACCAAUGUUUAAUAAUUUAACGGCAAAAGAUUUAAUUGAUAUGAAAAUUAUAUCAGCAAUUCAUCAUGCAUCAAUUGCUAGAGGAAUUCAAUAUUUAAGAGAGAAUGAUUUUAAUAUACAACGCCUAGAAAAUAAUCCAAGUGAUAUGACAAAUUUUCAGUCAAUAUCAAAUGAAGUAAAACGUUGGUCACAAAAUGCUACUUGUCAAUGGUUAAAAUCAAUUGAUUUAGUUGAAUUUACUCCAAAUAUCUUUGGUCAAGGUAUUCAUGGUGCAUUAAUGAUAUAUGAACCAACAUUUACAGCUGAAUCAUUAUGUGAUAUAUUAUGUAUACCACCACAAAAAACAUUAUUACGAAGGCAUGUUAUUUCACAUUUUAAUGGAUUAUUAGGACAAAAUAUUAUAACACAUAAAAGAGAAGUUCUUUCACAACCAUUAGUAUCAUAUUUAUCACCAUUAAUAAAAGUUAAAAUUGCCAAAAAACAAUUUUUAAAUGUAAGAAAAAAAUCGAAAUAUGAUGUUUUUGUAGAAGCUGAUGAAUACGUUUGUCCAAAAACAACUAAUGCAAUUAGUAUUAAGUCAAAAAGGGCUGAUUUCAUAAACAGUUUAGAAUCUUCAAAUGUUUAA